GAUAAGUGCAAUCUGUGGUGCAAAAUAUUGAAAUGUUUUUAUUGUGUACAUCUUCCAAUCAGUUGUAUUAUUUCAUUUAUUUGCAUUAAUUCUCAUUCAUUGUUACAAAUUCUUGACAAAUGAAAUAUUAGAGAAUGUCGGCUCCAGCAGAAUUAAGUUUUGAUGAAAUACUUAAGUUUAUGUUAGCUCAUAACGGUAGAGUUACUAACCAUGAUUUGGUCAAACAUUUCAAAGUUUUUCUUAUGAAUCCUGACAUGAGAGAUGAAGCCAGGAGUACAUUUAAAAAGCAUGUAAACUCACUAGCAAUAAUAAAGAAUCAAAAUAAUGAAAAAUGGUUAAUAUUGAAAAAGAAAUAUAUGCCUGAUAAUGAGAAUGAGGAUGAGAGUAAAACUUCAGAGUCAUCUGCUGCCAAUGUACCUGAAAGUUUUUCCAAACCUGAGACAGAUGUUCCACAUCGUCCACCUCCUCCUGUCCAACUUAAUCAAGAUUUCAAUGUUUUGUCUAACAUAAUUCAAGAUACUGUAACCUUACGAAACAAAGGAGAAAUAUCAGAUAAUUCCAUAAAGGCUAACUUAGUAAGUCCAGUAAUAAAUAAUUUGGUCAGUCCAUCAGAAGAUGUUCCUCCAAAAGUGUAUCCUAGAAGGAAAUCAUCAGAUAAGACUGGUAGUGAAAAAAGAUCAAGUACUGGUCAAGCAGGACAAAGAUCAUCGAUACCAAACCAGGAUGCGGCACCAGAAGAACCAACAUUGACAUCAUGUCGCAGUGAAAGUAUGCUGAUUGAUAAUGAACAAAAAAUUUCUGUCAAAGAAAGAAAGCAAAUGUUUAACAGAAUGGCCUCAGAAAGUGAUGUACUGAAAGUGAACAAAGUAGCCAACUUCAAUAUGCAGGGUGUGGACGAAGAAGACAGAGUAUCGCUGGAUCAGAAAAGUGAAACUGAUCCCCUAGAUUCAAAACAGAAGCAAUGGAUCUUGUGUGCCGCCCGAGGGGAGUACCAUGCGCUCGCAAAAAUGUGCAAGGAGAAUGCCAAACUUGCAAAAACUAAGGACUCGUUUACGUAUACAGCGAUGCACUGGGCUUGUAAACGGGGUGAUGAGAAUUUGGUCAAAUUGCUGGCUGGUGUCGCCCGUCAACUUGUUAACGAACGCUCGAAUGGGGGAUAUACGCCGUUACACAUUGCAAAGCAGUUUCGUCAUGAAAACGUGUAUACUCUUCUAGUUGAAACAUAUGAUGCCGAUCCAAAUAUUCGAGAUUGGUCAGGGAGGAAACCUAAACAGUAUUCUGGUCAUAUGGACACGUCUUUAUCCCCUGGCUCCUAUCGAAUUGUUGCAGAGGCCGAUACUAUUAACAUACGGCGUCCUGUUACCACCCCACCGGAGAUACGAAUCACUCCAAAUACAAUGAAUACCAUGUCAAAAAAAGAGAGUUUUCUACGCAUCGGUUCACUGAAUGUGCGAGUUAAAAGAACGACGGAGGCGUUCAGCAACUUCCUGGGAGUGGGCGCCACUAGAUCCUCUUAUAUCCCCAAAUCGGCUAAAGAUCGUGAGGAGAGACGAUCCGAUGACGGCGAACCAUUGAAGACGUGGGGAUCAGCAGAUAAUAUACAGAACGAUGAUAAAUUAAUGCCUCCACCAAUGAGCAGCAAGGUACGACGUCGCGCUGCCAGCGGCCGCCGCGGGUUAACAUCGCAUAGUCGAAGUACACCCUCUACGCCCGAUCAGCCACGUGCACAAAUUGGUACAAGUGAAGAAGGUGACUCUGAUUCCGAUUCAGCGGCUGGAUUCCAUGCGGCCUGGCGCCAGCGCUCCUCGCAAUGUUAGCUCAUGAAUCAAGAAAGAAAAUAAUAAUAUGGAUCAUUUUACAUAUGACGUUUAACAAUACUAGAUAGGAAUCCAUCUAAAUUUCUAAUAUAGAUAUAUAAAAAAUAUGUAUCUACAUUAGAAACCAAAACUCUACAAAUAGCAUGUAAAACAUUAUAUAUCACUAAAUUUAACAAAAUUUUUUAAAUUAUAAAAAAUAUAAAUAAAUCAUAUCAUUCUUGUAUAAUUAGGAUGCACUGAUUGCAGGAUUGAUUAAUUGCAAAUAAACCGUCUUUUAUAUUCAUUAUUUAAUAUUCAGUAUUCGAAAUUCAAUAAGUAUAACUUAAUUGAAUUUUCAAAUAUAAUUUGAAUACAUUUUCUACUUCACAUGUUCAAUUAAUUAUAUAUUAAACAUAAUUAAGAAUUGUCGGGCGAAAAAAAAAUUAUUUUGUUGUAUUGGUUUGGUCCAGUCAGUCAACUGUUGGUUGAGUCAAUUAAUAUAUCGUAUGGAAGCAUGAAAAUAUAGUAUUGAUAAUAAUAUCAAUAAAGAAACGUGAUAUGGACAGUGUGGUAAAAGUCAUUAUUUACAAGGUUUUUAUACGAUAUGAUUGAGAUAUAAGUGUGGCAUUGUAAAAUUAAUAUUCAAAAUUUUAUAAUGAUUUUAUGCAAAUAUUUUUGCAUUGCUAUUCUUCUUUAUAUAAAUAGCAUUUUAAAAUGUUGAUAAUGGCCUUAUUGUAAUAAUAAGAAAGUAUUAUGAAACUUUUCAUUGAUCUUGGUCACAUUAGCGUUUAAGUUAAUUUCUUUUUUUUUUGUGAUCCUUAUAACUUUUUGUAUUUGUAGGGUAAAAUAUUAGGUACUUCAUACAAGAUCAACGAGUAUCGAACAAUUUGUGUUAUAAAAAAAAGAUAUUACACCCAAAGGAACCAUAAUUAAUUUUAGAAAAUAUGUAUGAGAUGGAACUAAUACGGACGGAAAACCGUAAAGAUAUAAUGUAACAUACAAGAACAACAGUCGACUUCUACAUUUUCGAAAUUACUUAAUAAUUGUACAUGUAUAAAUACACAUACAUGUAUGUCAUAAAUAUAAGUCAGACAUAAAAUGAAGAUAAAUUAAAUUAAUCAAUGAUGAUUGAAUGAUAAGUGCCUAUUGGAUUUAGAUACUUGAAUUUUAUACGAACAAGUAGGUUCUGUUAUAAAUUAGACAUCCAUUAAAAAUAUUCUAAAGAUAUAUAAAGUAAAUAGAAAUUUUGGUUACCAUGCAGACAAGGCUGCGGAAUUUUGAUAUGUUCUAUUAAUCCUAGAUAUCUCUCCUAGAUAACUCCUUCAAUUUAUGCUAGAUAGUCUUUCCAAGGACGCAAUAUCUUUGUAAAGAAGUUAUCUAUGUGUACAUCAGUCUUACCAUUCUGUAAAUUGCUAUCAAUCUUGUCAACAUAUGCAUUAGGUUGCUUUUACACUUUAAGCUUAAAUAGAGGCGUAAAUGUUUUACUCACGUAAGGAUCUUUAAUAAAUUUUAUUGUUUAAAAUAUCAUAAGUACCUAUACAUUGUACACGAUGCACCUUUUUGUUUCUUUUUUAUUCCUUUUUUUUAAUUUUUUUUUUUGUGAUUUCGUUUUAUCAUUCGUGCUUAGAAUGAAAUUCUGUACAUGAGUGCAUUAUAUCGUAACUUAAUAGAUGGGAUAUUUAUUGUCAUGUAGAUUCACAAUGUUAAAAUUGCAAGAUACGGCUUCUAAAUUGUAUUUCUCUUUUUAUGUUUAUAUAUAUAUAU